UCUCAUUCGUGUUUGAGUUUGUGUUUGUUCUUACGAGUCUCACUCGUUCCAACAAGAGUUGAAAUUUCCUUCUAUUAUCAUGAUUUGUUUGUUUGCUCGCUGCAAUUGCUCAGUGGGAUUUACAGCAUGACAAACCCAAGGUUCUGUCUUUCUAUUCUGGUUCUGUUCUUUUCUCUGUACACUCAUCCUUCUCUUGCUGCUCUCACCACCCUUUCAGCUGAUAAAAAGCUCACUGGUGAUCAAACUCUCGUCUCCGAAGGUGGGGUCUUUGAACUGGGUUUCUUCAAGCCAGGUAAUUCCUCUAACUACUAUAUAGGCAUAUGGUACAAAAAGGUCACCCAAAAAACAAUAGUUUGGGUUGCAAACAGAGACAACCAUGUCCCUGAUAAGAACACUGCCACGUUAACAAUAUCAGAUAGUAAUUUGGUUCUCUUAGAUGGGUCUUCUAAUCAAGUUUGGUCAACAAACACCAGUUCUCCUAGGUCAGGUUCUGUUGUGGAAGCUGUUUUACUAAAUUCCGGGAAUCUUGUGUUAAGAGACAGAGCUGAUGAUAAUGCUUCGGAGCCUUCGUGGCAGAGUUUUGAUCACCCCACGGACACGUUCCUUCCGGGUGGAAAAAUUAAACUCGACCAUAAAACAAAGAAACCACAAUACCUUACUUCGUGGAAGAACACGGAAGAUCCUGCUACGGGUCUCUUCUCUCUGGAACUAGACCCUGAAGGCUCCACUUCUUAUUUGAUUACUCGGAACAAGACUGAACAGUAUUGGACAAGUGGCGCUUGGAAUGGACAUAUUUUCAGUUUGGUUCCAGAGAUGAGGUUGAAUUAUAUCUUCAAUUUCUCGUUUGUGUCAAACGAGAACGAGAGCUAUUUCACCUACUCCUUGUAUAACUCUUCCAUUAUAUCUCGGUUAUUGAUAGAUGUCACGGGACAGAUCAAGCAAAUGACGUGGUUGGAGAAUGCUCAGCAGUGGAACUUGUUUUGGACACAGCCGAGAAAACAAUGUGACGUAUAUGCCUUUUGCGGUGCGUUUGGGAGUUGCUCCGAGUUCUCAACGAUGGGGCCUUGUAAUUGCUUGAAGGGUUUUGAGCCAAAGUCACCGUCUGAUUGGAAUCUGGGGGAUUACUCAGGAGGGUGCCAGAGGAAAGAAAAGCUGCAAUGCGAGAAUUCGAAUGCCUCCAACAGAAAUAAGGACGGGUUCCUAGCAAUUCCCAACGUGGUAUUACCUAAAGGUGCACAAUCUGUGGGAUUAGGGAAUGCAGGAGAAUGUGAAUCAAUCUGCUUGAGCAUCUGUUCCUGUGCAGCUUAUGCAUAUGACAGUAACGGGUGUUCAAUUUGGGUCGGCAACCUUCUGAAUGUGGAACAGUUGUCUUCAGAUGAUAGUAGCGGAGAAACUUUGUAUCUCAAACUUGCAGCAUCUGAGUUUCAUCAUGAUGAUAAAAGCAGCAAGGGGACGAUUAUCGGUGUGGUUGUGGGAGUGGUUGCUGGCAUUGGGAUUCUCUUGGCCAUUCUUUGGCGAAGGAAGAGAAUGGUGGCAUCAAGAAAGGCUGCAAAGGGUUCGCUGGUGGCAUAUGGGUACAGAGAUUUGCAAGCUGCAACGAGGAAUUUCUCUGAGAAAUUGGGAGGUGGAGGGUUUGGUUCUGUUUUCAAAGGAACGUUGGAUGAUUCCAGUGUGGUAGCAGUGAAAAAGUUGGAAAGUUUUGGCCAAAGAGAGAAACAGUUCCAGACAGAAGUUCGGACAAUAGGGACAAUACAACAUGUUAAUCUUGUCAGGCUCCAUGGAUUCUGCUCUGAAGGAACCAAAAGGCUGCUAGUUUAUGAAUACAUGCCAAAUGGCUCCUUGGAUUUCCACUUGUUCCAAAACAAGAACUUCGUGGUAUUGGACUGGAAAACGAGAUACCAAAUUGCUUUGGGAAUAGCAAGGGGAUUGGCAUACCUUCAUGAGAAAUGCAGAGACUGUAUUAUACAUUGUAACGUAAAGCCAGAAAACAUUCUACUAGAUGCUGGUUUUUGUCCCAAGAUUGCAGACUUUGGCCUGGCUAAGCUUGUUGGAAGGGAUUUCAGCAGGGUCCUGGCAACAAUUAGAGGAACAAAAAACUAUCUUUCUCCAGAAUGGAUUUCUGGGGUGCCUAUCACUGCCAAAGCCGACGUGUACAGCUAUGGAAUGAUGCUUUUUGAGCUUGUGUCAGGUAGGAGGAACUCUUAUUAUGAGUUAUCUGAUUCUGAAGAUGGGAAAUUUAGGUUCUUUCCAACCAAGGCAGCAAACAUAGUUGCCCAAGGUGGCAAUGUUCUUAGCCUUUUGGAUCCUUGUUUGGAACAAAAUGCUGACGCCGAGGAGGUUACUCGAAUGGCAACCGUUGCUUCCUGGUGUAUCCAAGAUGAUGAGACUCACCGGCCAACGAUGGGUCAGGUUGUUCAUAUCCUUGAUGGGAUCUUGGACGUGAAUUUACCUCCAAUUCCAACAUUUCCUCAAGUGUCUGUUGACUACUAAGAAAUUUUGUUUAAUUUCCUUCGCCAACUCAAGCUACCAAUACAAAAUCUGACAUUUUUCUAUUGUCACAAGUGUAGUUGUUGUCUUUCCAUGUUGGUUUCAUAUUAUUAUUCAAUGAAAGUAAUCUCAUUUCA